AUGAAUUACACUUCUUUGGAUAAGAGCGCCUUUCAAAAUCACCAACCUGCCACAGUGCUAUGUUGCAACUGUGGUGUGCCCAUGGAUGGGUCGUCAGGUUUAGUGAUGUGUUACGACUGUAUAAAGCUAACGGUUGAUAUCACAGAGGGUAUUCCAAGAGAAGCUAACGUGUCUUUUUGCAGAAACUGUGAACGGUUUUUGCAGCCUCCAGGCCAAUGGGUGCAUGCGCAACUAGAAUCUCGAGAGCUUCUGGCGCUGUGUCUGCGCCGUUUGAAAGGUCUGAAUAAAGUUAGAUUGGUGGAUGCCUCUUUUAUAUGGACUGAGCCCCAUUCGAGACGUAUUCGUGUCAAGCUGACAGUCCAAGGGGAGGCUAUGACUAAUACCAUCAUUCAACAAACCUUUGAAGUCGAAUAUGUCGUUGUAGCGAUGCAGUGUGCAGACUGUGCUCGCUCCUACACAACGAACACCUGGAGAGCUACCAUACAGAUCAGACAAAAAGUUCCUCACAAACGUACAUUUCUUUAUUUGGAGCAGCUGAUCCUAAAGCAUGGUGCACACGUAGAUACUAUCAACAUUCAAGAAUCCAAGGAUGGCUUAGAUUUCUUCUAUGGUCAAAAAAAUCAUGCUGCCAAAAUGCUUGACUUUUUGAACUCAGUGGUUCCCAUCAGAUCUAAAAAGUCCGAAGAGCUUGUCUCGCAAGAUACCCAUACCGGUUCUUCCACCUACAAAUUUUCGUUUUCCGUUGAGAUUGUUCCAAUUUGCAGAGAUGAUCUUGUUGUUCUGCCCAAGAAGCUAGCAAAAUCGCUGGGCAAUAUUUCCCAAUUCGUGCUGUGCUCGAAAGUCUCCAAUACGCUCCAGUUCAUGGACCCUAUCACCUUGCAGACCGCAGAUUUGUCUGCACCUGUUUACUGGAGAACGCCGUUCCAGUCCUUGGCUGACGUCUCUCAACUAGUGGAGUUCAUCGUCCUCGACGUCGACCCCACGGGCAAGAGUAAAAACAAAUGGGUGCUUGCCGACAUAACGGUAGCCAGAGCUGCUGACCUGGGAGUCAAUGAUCAAGUAUACUAUGUUCGCUCGCAUUUGGGAGCGCUCUGCCAUCCUGGUGAUAGCGUGAUGGGCUACUUCAUCGCCAACUCCAAUUACAACUCGGAUCUUUUCGAUGAUCUUAACAUUGAGCAUAUCCCAGACGUUGUUCUGGUCAAGAAGCAGUACAUUCGUAAGACUCGCAAGAACAGAAACUGGAAACUUAAGAGAAUGGCCCGUGAACACCAGGAGAUCGACGCUUCCCAAGACUACACAUCAAGGCAACAGAAGCAGGAAAUGGAAAGAGCUGAGAGGGACUACGAGACUUUCUUGCAGGAACUGGAGGAAGAUGCUGAAAUGCGUAAUACCGUCAAUUUGUACAAGAAUAAUACUGAAGCUCCUCCUCCAGCAGAUGGAGAAAUGGAUGAAGAUGAAGACGAAGAUGCUCCACAAAUCGAUAUCGAUGAGCUGCUCGAUGAGCUAGACGAAAUGACGCUUGAUGAAGCGCCACCUGCUUAG